AUGCCCUUCACCGCUGGCUCGCACUCCGCUCCUCUCAUGGGGACUUCUCCUGGUACCACAGGCGUUUCCAGCAUGCAGAUGCGAGGCUCACCUGUGUCUGUGGACACAACAAGAGCCCAGAACAUUUGGUGCUCUGUCGACACUCACAGAGGCACUUUCUUCACUGGCCCAAGAGGCCAGCAGCACGGCCACACAACCGCGCGACAGCUGUUGCCUAUCUAG